CACACAAGCAGAGCCGCUCCACAAAACCAAGCAAACGUCUUUGGUGUUGCGUGAGCACUCGCACCGCUCCAAGCCAUACCGGACUGCUGCCAUCCGGGCCAAAUCGCUGCGCUGUUCCAUCGCUGCGCCACAAAAGGAGCGUGGCGAGUGCGGACCCGAAUCGCUGCGACGCCGACGACGCGGCACCAGAACACAGCGAUGGCUCCUUUGCAGCGACGCCACCUCGCGCGGCUCGCGCUGCUCGCCGCCGCAACAAAUGCCCAGUUCCCCGGCAUGCCCGGCGGCCCGCCGGCCGACGCGCGGCCCAUCUUCAAGACGGGCAAGUAUCUGGGCUGCACGGUUUGUAAAUUGGCGGUCGAGGAGAUCUGGAAGGAAGCCCUGCGUUUACGGGAAGAAGCGCCCUACAAGAAGCCGAGCGAGGACAUGUACCAGGACAGCAUCCAGCAGAUCUGCGACCCCAUCAAGGACUUGGGGGAGUGGGUGGCCAUGUACGACAUCACGCAGAGCGAACGGGGGGCGCCCCUCAAAAUGGAGAAGCAGGAGUACAUGUGUGAAUGUAGGAGGGAGUGCCGGACCAUACAAAAAGCUUGUGAAAAUAUAAUAAAUGAGCAUAUGGAGGACAUGGCCGAGUCCCUGUACAAGCGCGACGCGUCGACCCUGGAGAAAUUCAGUAACAGAGUCUGCACCUGUGUGGAAAUCAACCAGUGUGUCGGGUGCACCCGACAAUUCUUCACUAAGUCAUUUCUUGGCGAUGACGCGGCCGACCUGGCUCGGUCGAGCGGCGAGGAACCGGCAUCGCCACGCCAUCGAGCAGGCGUCGCGUCGAUGGCGUGGAGGACGACGCGACGAUUCAGCACGAACGCGCCGUAAAAUCUUGGUUUCCACACAGGUCUGCACGAAGUGGGCCGAGGCCUGCCCCUCGAAAACGCCGAAAACGUACCUCCACCCGAACGAGCACUUCAUGCCCCUCGACGAGGAGAUGUGGCGCAUGCGGCGCAUGCAGGACGUGAUCAACGACCAGGCCAAGAAGCACAAGAAGCAGCCCGUCCAGUUCGUCGACCCGAUGCAGAGCGCCUACUUCGGGGACGACGAGGACUUCGAGCCGGACGAGCUGUAA